AUGUCCACCGAAAGAUUUACCUGCCGCUGGGCAGCCCUCAGUCUCUCCAACAUCGCCGCCGUUUUCCUCCCAGACAUCCUACUACCCCGGGAUGAGUCCGAAUCCAUCGUGCACAAACUGGUCGCGGCCUCUACGACAAGCGGCCAAGAACGUGCUACCAAUUGGCUGAAGGAGCACAAAAUUGAAGGAGCAGAAGGCAUAAAGCUAUUCCAUUUAUGGGAGGAGAUGCUCGAAACGGGAGAUUUCGACGUCGUUUAUAUCUCUACCCCCCACCCACUUCACUACAAGCAUGUUCGUAAAGCGCUCGAGCACAAACGUAACGUACUCGUCGAGAAACCGGCCACCAUGACUCGCGCACAGUAUGAAAGCUUGGUUAAACUUGCGGUACACCAGGAUGUUGUGCUGAUGGAGGCUAUGUGGACACACUACCUGCCAGCGACGAAGUACCUGCAAGAAGAACUGCUGCCGAAAAUCGGCCCCGUCAAACGCGUCUACGCCGACUUUUCCUUCCCCAUCGUGUCGCCCGAGCUCUCCGUCUCAUCGCGCUUCCUCGAAAAGCAAGCCGGCGCAGGCGCGCUGCUCGACCAAGGCGUCUACGCGCUCACCUGGGCAGACAUCGCUCUAAACUCCCCUCGCACUCCAGGAUCCACGACCCAAGUCGUCUACGCCAACACGAUGCCAGUUCCCGACGUCGCGCACGACAUCGACGACAUCAACACCGUGGUUCUCUCGCGGAUCGAAGGCCCAUCCGACAGACAGACCGCAAUCGGCAUCGUCACGACCAGCAUGACGCUCCCAGGGUCCAACAAGCCGCCCUUCUAUCGCCGCCUGCAAGCGCCCAGGCCCGCUCCCGCCGUGCUUAUCCAGGCCACGGACGCGCAGGUCUCGAUACCGUUCCCGCCGAUCCGGCCGCAGGAGCUCCAUGUGCAGUGGUAUGGCAGAGAGUUUGUGGAUGAGGAGGGCAUGGAGCGGGAGGAGGUGAUUAGGAAGCCGGUGGAGCGCGGCUGGGGGAUCUGGUACCAGGCGGAUGUUAUUGCGGCGAAAGUACGCGAGAGGCAGACGGAAGGGAGUGGUGAGGGUGUCGUCAUUGGGAAGGAAGAAAGUCUGCGAGUUCUGGGAUAUCUUGAUGAGGCGCGCAGGAUUGGUGGGAUUAGAUAUGGUGAGGAGCUUGAGGGGCUGCCGCCCUCCAUCUAG